AUGGCCACUACAUCUUUAACGCAAGAAAAAGUUCAUAAAGCUAAAUUGUCUAUUGAGAAUUUCUAUGCAAAUUUAGUUAAUCAAUAUGAAGAACGUGAAGAAAGAUAUCGUCGAUUGGAAGAAAUGAUGAAUGCUGAAGGACUAUCUGAACAAGAAAAACUUGAAAAACGUCAUUCCCAUGCAGCAAAAGAAACUGAAUAUUUACGUUUAAAACGUGUUAAAAUGAGUGCCGAUGAUUUCGAACCAUUGAAAGUAAUUGGUCGUGGUGCUUUUGGAGAAGUUCGUCUUGUACAAAAACGUGAUACGGGACAUAUAUAUGCAAUGAAAAUUUUACGUAAAGAAGACAUGUUAUUACGUGAACAAGUAGCACACGUACGUGCUGAACGCGAUGUUCUUGUUGAAGCUGAUCAUACGUGGACUGUUAAAAUGUUUUAUUCAUUUCAAGAUACAAGAAAUUUAUAUUUGAUUAUGGAAUUUCUUCCUGGUGGUGAUCUCAUGACAUUAUUAAUUCAAAAAGAAAUUUUUAGUGAGGAUAUGACACAAUUUUAUGUUGCAGAAACAGCAGAAGCUAUUGAAUCUAUUCAUCGAUUAGGAUUUAUUCACAGAGAUAUCAAACCAGAUAAUCUUUUACUCGAUGGCAAAGGUCAUAUAAAACUUUCAGAUUUUGGUUUAUGUACAGGUUUAAAAAAAGCACAUCGAACUGAAUUUUAUCGUGAUAUUCAAAGCAUGCGACCUCAAGAUUUCACAGCGAAUCCUGUUGAUUCAAAACGACGAGCUGAAACGUGGAAAAGAAAUCGUCGUGCAUUGGCAUAUUCAACUGUUGGUACGCCAGAUUAUAUUGCACCAGAAGUUUUUAAACAAUGUGGUUAUAAUCAUAAAGCUGAUUGGUGGUCAUUAGGUGUAAUUAUGUAUGAAAUGUUAAUUGGUUAUCCACCAUUUUGUGCAGAUAAUCCUCAAGAAACAUUUCGUAAAGUAAUGAAUUAUCGUGAAACAUUUGUUUUUCCACCUGAAGUUCCAAUAUCAAAUGUUGCUAAAGAUCUUAUUCUUAAAUUCUGUACAGAUGCUGAUCAACGUUUAGGUUCAUUAGAUGAAAUUCGGCGUCAUUCAUUUUUUAUGGGUGUUGAUUGGGAUCAUAUACGAGAUAGACCAGCUGCUUACCAACCACGUAUAAAAUCAAUUGAUGAUACGUCAAAUUUUGAUGAAUUUCCUGAUGUUGAUCUUAAAUUACCUUCACCCGCAAAAGAUAACGAAGUUCAAGUUCAUGAUUGGCUAUUUAUUAAUUAUACAUACAAACGUUUUGAUGGUUUAACAGCAAAACCAAAAUUAAAAAUGUCCGCACAUUCAACAAACUGA